CAGGGGACCGGCGGUCUGGCGAGGGACUCAGACCAGGGAGUGUCCACGGUAGCGGCUCGGGGUGCAGGAGGACCUCGGAACAGCCGCAGCGCUGGGAACAGGGGCGCUGGCCUGGCCUCACGGCCACGCGGAGCCCGGGACCCUGGUGCCUCGGGGGUCGGCGCUCGGGCCCCGGCGGUUGCCAUGGUGACGCAGGGUCGGCGGUUCUGCACCGAGACAAAGCGGCCCGCCCGCGGCUCCCGAGCUCCUCCUCCGCGGCACCUCCCUCCGUCCCCGCGCCGCCGUCGGAGUGGCUCCCGAUGCUCCCGCCGCCUCCGGUGCUCCCGCCGCCGCCACCGCGGGCCAGAUCCUGCAGUGUCCUUUUAAAUAUGCAUUUGAGGCAAAGAGCUACAAGCAGAAACUGAAAAUGCUUGCAAGACUUCCAGCUUCUCUCCGUAUGUUUCUAGCCCUGCCUGACUCAGACCAUGUGAUAUUCAGAGGGAUUCCUUAAUCGAAGCGGUUCCUCAGCCAGGCACAUUGACAGAAAAUUGCAUCUGUAAUUCAAGAUGGCUAGCCAGCUGCCCGAAGACCCUGUGGAGUCUCAGGUCUCCGACGAGCUUGAAUGCAAGAUCUGUUACAAUCGGUACAAUCUGAAGCAGAGGAAACCCAAGGUGCUGGAGUGUUGCCACAGGGUUUGUGCCAAAUGCCUCUACAAGAUCAUAGACUUUGGGGACUCCCCGCAAGGUGUCAUUGUCUGUCCUUUCUGCAGGUUUGAGACACGUCUGCCGGAUGACGAAGUGAGCAGCCUGCCCGAUGACAACAACAUCCUUGUAAACUUGACUUGUGGAGGCAAAGCGAAGAAGUGCCUGCCAGAGAACCCCACCGAGCUACUGCUGACCCCCAAGAGGCUGGCCUCCCUCGUCAGCCCUUCCCACACAUCCUCCAACUGCUUAGUGAUAACCAUCAUGGAAGUGCAGAGAGAGAGCUCCCCAUCUCUGAGUUCCACUCCUGUGGUGGAAUUCUACAGGCCAGCAAGUUUUGACUCUGUUACUACAGUGUCCCACAACUGGACAGUGUGGAACUGCACCUCGCUGCUCUUUCAGACGUCCAUCCGGGUGUUGGUGUGGCUGCUCGGCUUGCUGUAUUUCAGCUCCUUACCCUUAGGGAUCUACUUACUGGUGUCUAAGAAAGUCACCCUUGGGGUGGUCUUUGUUAGCCUCGUCCCUUCCAGCCUUGUCAUCCUUAUGGUGUAUGGUUUUUGCCAGUGUGUCUGUCAUGAAUUUCUGGACUGUAUGGCACUUCCUUCUUAAUCAAUAUGCACAAGAGGAAAUUUGGCACAUGUUGCCACAUUCAAAUGAUGUAUGUACAAUUUACUUUCUUUUAUGUGCUCUGUGACUAAUGUCUCUAGCCUCAGCAAAGCCCUUGGUCAUACGUUUGUGGUCUGUUUUCCAUCCAAAUGUUGGCUUGAUGGGUUAUCUUGGCUGCUGUGAAUUAAAAAAAAAAAAAGAGUUCCUUUCUACUUGGGGGUACACACAGCAUUCGUGGAGCUCUGAGAGCUGUAAAACCUCCCAGAGCAAAGGUAGGAUUGCAGCCAGGCACCGGGCAAUGUGUGUCAGGCUGUGCCAGAGUCUUUGUGGGAAGGUCAGGAUGAAUGGAUUCCUCCUUUCAGUUAAUGGUGGGUAGACACGGGAGGCAGGUUGCUCCAAGCUGCAUGGGUUUUCAAAGUGUGUGCCCCUGUACUCCUGGUGUUAGAGCCCCCACAUCAUCUUCAGGUGCUUUUUCUCUUAAGGUAAUGCUACUCUGAGGUGUGCUGCUCCCUUUGAGAUCGCUGUCUCCUCUGUGCAGUCUUCCCUACCCUGGGGACACUCAGCCUCAUUCCCUUCGGUGGUUCCAGUAGGACUUUUGUUUUGCCAUGUUGCUAAAGAGAAUGGAGAACAGGAAGGAGCUUUCGUGGAUGUAGACUUCAUGGCAGAGCGUGGCCGUUUGUCCAGGACACAUGCUCUUUCCUCCAUGUGUCGUUUCCACCCCUCCAGGCUUCCCUGAGGAUAUCCGAGGAGAAUGCAUUUCUCACAGCACAGUUUUGGUGCAUGGAAAUCUUCAAUCAUUUUUGUUUUGUUUUUAUUUUAACCACAUUUCUCAUUUAGACCCAGUUCCAUUUAAAUUAGUUGCUAUCAGUUUAUGAAGCUGUCCCUUUACUUCCCCGUGUUUUAGAUGCUUGAUUGGGGCUAACUUCACUGAGUCCUGUAACAAUCUGGGGGAAUCUGUGACCAUGAACAUACAGAGAUGGGUCUCCAGAUGCCCCAGCUUACAGCCCGAGACACUGAACCCAAGCGUUCGGCCAGACCAUGCUAGAACACAGUGGUUCAGGGUUGCAUGUUGUGGAAGUCCAUGUAAAGCAAAGGGCAGAACCACGCCAGGCCCAUGCCCUGCUCCAAGAUACCCACCCUCCACAGGAGGGAAGUGGAGGUAGCCGAGUGCAGCUUGACACAUUUCUGUUGUUCAAGUUUUGGAAUAGAUUCAAGUUCUUAAAUUAUUUUCAGUAAAAGCAUAAGCUGUAUGGCUUGAGUUAGUGGACUCCUUUUCAUGAUGCAGGGGAGGUUGGGUGUAUAUAUUUAUGAGAAGAAAUUGUCUAGCAGAUUUUAGAUGGGGAGUAGAAUGCUCACAGGAAUUAGGCAAAAAAAAA